AUGCCUAGCACAACUAGAUCUGCAAGCCGCCUCGCCAACUUACAGGGAACGGCCCAAACAACUUCAACUCCGAAGUCAACUGGGACAGAUUCCAACGUUCAAGUUCCUCAAGAAACCUCCAGGAAGCGUAAAGCAGAAAGCGCUGUUACAAAGGAAGUCAAGAAAGUGUCCAAGAAGGAAGACCCAAGCCCAAGUGCUCAACCUGCUCUGAUACCUCCGUCAAGCUCAGCGGAGGAGGAUGCGACAGUCCCAGCCGUUCUCUCGUUUGCUUUUGAGGAAGCGAAGAACCACCUCAUUGAAGCUGAUCAUCGGUUUGAAGAUCUCUUCGAGAAGAUGAAAUGCAAGCCCUUCGAGCAACUCGAGCGAGUCCACCCUUUCCAAGCCCUUGCUAAAUCUAUCCUGGGACAACAAAUAUCAUGGUUGGCUGCGCGGUCAAUUACUCACAAGUUUCUCAGAUUGUAUCAGCCCAGUCUCCCAGAAAAGCCAACUGAAGAGGAGAGGAAAGCAAUCACAUUCUUCCCAAGCCCUUAUCAAGUGGCGACGACAGGGAUAGACACGCUGAGGACCGCGGGUCUUAGCGCUCGCAAGGCGGAAUACAUCAAGGAUCUAGCCACCAGGUUUGCGGAUGGCCGUCUGUCUACUGAGAAGUUGCUGGCAGCCGAUGACGAAGAACUGGCCCGAAUGCUCAUUGAAGUGCGUGGCAUAGGAAGAUGGACUGUCGAUAUGUUUGCAAUAUUCUCCCUUCGCCGUCCAGACAUCCUUCCGGUCGGCGAUUUAGGAGUUCAGCGAGGAAUGGUGCGCUGGUUCCUUUCGUUGCAUUCCGCGGCACACCCCUUUUCCAUUUCACCGGAAAAGGUCGGCAAUUCGGCGAACACGAAGACCAAGAAGUCGCAGGGAGAAGCUAACGAGCACCCUUCUGAGUCGCUGGUAGAUGGCGAGAAAGAUGACGACAUGCCUGUCGAUUCCUCCUCAGCACCACCAGGAACGUCCGAGGGGGAAGAAUCCUCUUCCAUUCCACCCCCGUUUACACCUUCUAUCAAGAAGACCUUGAGCAAGCCGGCUGCGACUCCAGGAAAGCCCGUGCCACCUCUGCCGUCCGGCAUCGACGUCAAACUAUUGAAGAGCAGGCUGGAUGGAAAGAAUAAAGUCAAAGGAGCAUUCCUAACGCCGCAAGAAAUGAAUGCACUUUCAGAAAAUUGGAAGCCUUACAGGAGUGUUGACCCUGUUGCCCUCCACGACCCUAGGCGUUGUCCCCGAGACAAAGCUACCACACUUCCUUCUUCCACCCCGAUGAGCCCUUCCUCGUAUUCGACCAAUCAACCUAUUCAGCCUUCCUCCAUGGCCUCACAAAAUCCAAAGUCUUACUCAACGCCGGAAGCGUCUUCUUCGGUGGGGCCUGUCUCCCCAGACCACACUUCUCGGACGACCUCCUUUAGCCCGCCCCAACGUGGUCUCACAGGCAUUACUCACAUGAACAAAGCUUCGCAAGAAGGCUUCGACGCCGGCGGGUCGGAGGGGAACGGCAGGCGGACGCUGUCGGAAAGUAUGCCACGUCUCAGGAGGAUGCUCAGCUACUCCACGCAGCUCCGGCAAUCCUCACCCUCACCCACCUUCCCGUUGUUGGCAGCCGCCAAAGACCAACUCGCCCAGAUGCACGACGCGUCGUUUACCUCCCCCGACACCAUGCCCGAUGCAGCACUCCGUCGGCCUUCCAUAUGCCAAGAAGACGCGCCUGAAAACGGACUUCAACUCCAUCUCAACGGCGAGCCAUCGCCGGAGUUGAAACUACCUCGCCUUGAAUACAGCACUGAGGCUCAUCUUUAUUCCUCCCAUUUUCCAGCAGGCCAUCACCUUAAUUCGCAUUUCGCCCAAACGUAUCAGCUUGAAGAUGAGUUGGGUUCUGGUGGGUAUGGUUUCGUCAUGGCUGCCUACCAUCGUAUCGAGGGCCAUGAGGUGGCCGUCAAGUUCAUCAUUAAAGACAAGGUUCCCGAACAUGCCUGGAUGGAGGACGAGGUCGUUGGACGCUUGCCCACUGAGGUGGUCUUAAUGAGUUACGUCAACCACCCAAACAUCGUCAAGUGCCUUGAUUUGUUCGAGGAUCACCUCUAUUUCUACCUCGUACAAGAGCUGCAUGGCUCUCCGUGGCAUAAGAACCACAGACUGGAUGUCGAGCCUCCAACCAUCCAUUGCUACUCCGGCCGCACACCAUCCGUAUCAACACCUGCAUUAUCUCCAUCUUCAUCGGAGGCGUCACUGCCGGCGUCAACGCCUUGCACGCCUCCACACGUCUUUGCCACUAUCAAGCCUCAUUCCGGCACAGACAGGACAAAUGCAGACGCAGACAUGCCAAAACUGCUACAUACGCAUUUAUCAAUAGCCCAAGGUGCAUCUCGACCCGAAAUCACCCGUCGAGCCUCCCACGACCUUUUUGAAUGCAUCGAGCAAUCAGAGUGUAAACGGCUCACCGAAUCACAGGCCCGUUAUGUCUUUGCGCAAGUCGUUGAUGCCGUGGAAUACCUCGAAGGUCUUGGUAUCACUCAUCGUGACAUCAAGGAUGAAAAUCUGGUGAUUGACCAAAAUCUCAAGGUCAAGUUGAUCGACUUUGGCAGCGCUACCGCCGUUGACCCCACUCAACCUCGGCCAUAUUACACCAUGUUCUACGGAACGGCGGCAUAUGCUUCUUCCGAAAUUCUCCUGAAAAAGGACUAUCAGGCUGCGCCUGCAGAAAUAUGGACUCUUGGCGUGUUGCUGUCAUACCUACUGGCUGGUAUCUCCCCAUUUCCCACCGUGCGAGACGCGGUCGACGGGAAGAUUUUUCUCUCAGAGAAGGUAGUGGGCAAAAUUUCGGAGGACGCUAUGGAUCUCAUGCAGAAAUGUUUGGACGCCAAUCCCGAGACUCGCGCCACAAUCUCCCAAGUCAAAGCUCACCGUUGGCUGCAGCCGAGGCAGCUUCUUUAG